AUGGCUGCUUCAGUCGUGGCGGACGAGGAGAUUCUGGGAGAGGGGCCUGAUGUUGGAGACCUCCCGUGCUUCCACAAGAAGGAUUGGAAAGGCAUGUGUCUCCACGGGCGUUGUUUCAAUGCGAUACGGGCCCACGACCGCUACCUGGAGGGAGCGCCGAAGCACGUGGUUGAUAAAAUGAACCAGGACUUCGAGCUCGACCGUCCCGCUUGGCAAGAACGCAUCCGUCCUUGGAUCGACCCUGCCAAGGUCGCGAGGGACAGCGCCAGGGAGGUGACCAAGAGGUUCCUCACCGUGACGGAGACGAAAUCGAAAGAGACUCAGAAGGGGAUCGAUGACGACAUUAUCGUCUCUCGGACGGAGUUCAUGGCGUUCGAGGGGUUCUGGCACAGGAAGACAGAUGAGGAGAGCACGCUUGAGUUUGAACGGAUUCACGCAGAGCAGAAGGGCAAGUACGACGUGACGUGGGUGGAAGACGGUGAGGUGAAAGUGCUGCAGAAGAUAGCUACGAAGGACAUCGGCCGCAUCAGGACGUCCAAAGGCGAGUCCAAGUCCAAUUGCAGCAUGCAGGUGGAGAUGGAGACGUCUGCGUUCGAUGCGGAGGUGAAGCGCAGGCGCCUCAUGGCCAAGUCGUCGGUUUCUGCUUCGUCCUGCGAUGGUCGAAUGCCGCCGUCGCAUGUUCCGACCAACGCCCGCUCAGCCGAGCACUACCUGACCUUCGGCGACGGCCGCUCCAGGGCCGACAGCGUGGACACCUUGGACGCCUGCACGGUCGGCGACGGCACGAAGUUGAAGAAGGGGGCGCCGUCUGAGAAGGGCGGCAAGACCAAGCUCUUCAAACCCAAGUCGGAUAUCAACAUUGACGACGCCACCAGGGAGCGCGUCGCGCCGACGCUGGAGGACAUCGAGAAGAUGGAGCCCGUCGUGUUCAUGGAGGUGAAGCGGCACUGGAGUGAGAUGGCGUCCCACGUGCACGCUGGUUUCAUGUCUACUGGGUCGGGCUACGUGUCUCAGCUCAGGGCCGCCAGCGACGCUGUGGGCACCGAGGCGCAGAAAGACCUUGACAUGCCGACCGACGAGCUGAUCAAGAGCAUCAGCAGUAUUGCGCAGGAGAUUCAGGAAGGUGUCGAGAGGCUCGGUGCUGACUGCAACAAGUCGAGCUUCGCAGAGAUUGCUGCUAGGCUUCAUUCCAAGAUCGACGAGAUCGAGAAGACGAAGAAGCAGGUGUAUACUCAGUUGGACGGCCUUCGGUAUCUCAACGAGAAGGGCGGACACGGCAAGCAGAUCGAUUACAUGAGCCACUACAACAAGCGCAUCGAGAUAAUGUGCAGGCUGAUGAAAUGCAAUUUCUCGAAGGAGCUCGCCGACAACAUCUCCAGGACGAUCUACUCCAUGAGGGGGGGCGCCGAGAAGAAGUCCUUGGUCAGCGAGCCCUGCGCCAAGGGCGGCAAGCUGAAGAAACCUUUGCUGUUCCAGGGCUCCGUGGCACUGAAUGGCAGCAGCGUCGACCCCUUCAAGAUCACGGUGUGGAACGACCCAAAUUCUGAGGUGCACAAUGCGGUCUCCAGGAUGAUUCAGACUAACUCCGAGGCCAUCAAUAACAAGAUCAAGGUUCACGACACCUCAUUCGACACCAAAGGCCAGAACUGGCUAGGCUGCCUGGGUCGCGUGACGAGCGACUGGGUGGUUACCGACGUGGAGGCGUUGGGCGACGGCUACUUCGAGCUUUGUACGGGUGGUGUAUCGCCGUGGUUGAUGACGAUCAAGGCCGAUUGCCCUCGCUGGGGUCCAGCGUCCGUUCCUCUCGUGGGCUUCGAGUGCAUGGUGAUUGCACGCACGAAGGAUACCCACAUCAUGUGCCACGAGGCGGCGACAGUGCUGCAGAACGGCGUGUCGCUCAAGGACUUCUUGAAGUUCGCGGAGACUGAAGAGGGCAGCAACGGCAUCCAAGGCUCGAAGAUUAUCCAUUUGAAGAUUGGUGAGAUUCUGCACGUGCCGAUGGGCACGAUGAUCAUGCCUUUGCACCACCCGCUGGAGCUCCAGCAGACCAAGAAGAUGCCGCUGAGCCAUCUCAUCGUGCUGCCGCUGCUCCACGCGGAGAACGCCAAGACGGCGGUCAGCCAGGAUGUGGCUCGUGCGAUUUCGAACUACAACACAGAGUACCUCGCGGCGCAGGCCGCGGGAUCAUCCAUGUACAAGGAGAGGGCAGCGGCGUUGGGCCGCUUCACAGAGAUGUUGGGCCUGUAG